GGCUGAAGCGAGGAGGGGCAACACUUGAAAGUUUGUGGGGAAGACGACAAUGAGGAGGAGUGAGACGUGACGCUAAUGUGUUUAAGUCGGACAUAAUUUGACUAACUACACUUAAAGACAGCGACCCUGUGCGGCGACAAGUUUGUACCGAGCUUGUAGCCUGUUUGUGUGGAUUUCUUUCUUUUUUUUUAAAACUUCAUAGCCAUUUUUCAGCAUGUUGUUACUGGCGUGAGUCGCGGCGGCUGCUGCGAUGUUAUCCGCUUUCAUCAGUGAGGUGCUUUCAGACCGCUGAAGUCACCUGGGAUAUUUCACUUCCUCUUAACAAACUUUAAUUUAACUUAAAGACUUUCAUUUCCUCGCACAUUUUACUGUCACAGUGAGUGGGAAUUCAACUGCUGCUACCGCCGCCGCUGUUGCUGCGGAAAGUCCGAUGAAAGAAAGAGUCCACGCUUUUCCAGAAUCAUCUGCCUGCACACAGCUCUAAUGGUAGCAGCUAGGAAACUUUGGAUGUGAGAGGACUAAACCACCUCAUCAUGACUGAGGUCCAGGGGCCAUGGCCACAGGGCACUGAGUGUGUAGCCAAAUACAACUUUAAAGGCACAUCAGAGCACGACUUGCCAUUUACCAAAGGAGAUGUGUUGACCAUCAUUGUUGUCACAAAGGAUCCAAACUGGUACAAAGCUAAAAACUCUGCAGGUCGUGAGGGGACGAUCCCGGCCAACUAUGUUCAGAAAAGGGAAGGAGUAAAGUCUGGAGGAAAGCUGAGUCUAAUGCCUUGGUUUCAUGGGAAGAUAACAAGGAGCGAGGCCGAGCAGCUGCUGUGUCCGCCCCAAACCGGCCUGUUCUUAGUGCGAGAGAGCACCAACUUCCCUGGUGACUACACCCUGUGUGUUAGCUGCGAUGGCAAGGUGGAGCACUACCGCAUAGUUUACCACAACGGCAAGCUCACCAUUGAUGAGGAGGCCUAUUUUGAAAACCUCAUGCAGCUAGUUGAGCACUAUACCAAAGAUGCAGAUGGUCUCUGCACCAAUCUUAUCACGCCAAAGUUGGAGGAGGGCACGGUAGCAGCACAGGAUGAAUUCUCCAGGAGUGGCUGGUGCUUGAACAGAAAAGAUCUCAAACUGCAGCAGGUGAUUGGAAAAGGAGAAUUUGGAGAUGUCAUGGUGGGAGACUACAGAGGGACUAAAGUAGCCGUGAAGUGCAUUAAAAAUGAUGCCACGGCACAGGCUUUCAUCGCUGAGGCUUCUGUCAUGACGCAACUGCGGCAUGAUAAUCUGGUGCAGAUGCUCGGGGUCAUUGUAGAGGAAAACGGCAGUCUGUUCAUUGUGACUGAGUAUAUGGCCAAGGGAUGUUUAGUUGACUACUUACGUUCCAGAGGUCGAACAGUACUUGGUGCAGAUGCUCUCCUUAAUUUUGCACUAGAUGUGUGUGAAGCCAUGGCAUACUUGGAGAAGAACAACUUUGUCCACCGAGACUUGGCAGCUCGAAAUGUUCUGGUGUCUGAGGACAAUAUGGCUAAGGUCAGUGACUUUGGUCUGACCAAGGAGGCUUCGUCCACUCAAGAUACUGCAAAGCUGCCAGUGAAGUGGACAGCACCAGAGGCCCUCAAAGAAAAGAAUUUCUCCACCAAAUCAGACAUUUGGAGUUACGGUAUUCUGCUCUGGGAAAUUUACUCAUUUGGCCGAGUGCCUUACCCAAGAAUUCCUUUAAAAGAAGUUGUACCUCGGGUAGAGAAAGGAUACAAAAUGGACAGUCCAGAUGGUUGUCCUGAGGUUGUGUAUAACAUCAUGAAACAGUGCUGGAAUCUAGAUCCUACUGCCCGACCCAGCUUUCACAUGCUCAAGGAGUGGCUACAACAUAUCAGCCAAGGGAUUGGGAGGAAGCAGUGAGAGACUUGACAGAACAGAGGCAAAAAGAUGAAUUUUCCACCUUCAUGUUAAUGACAGGGUUCAUAACCAAAAAAGCAUCCGUGAAAGCUCACAUUUCAAUGCAUUUCCUAUUUCCAUAGCCACAAUGGUUAUGAAACAGCAUCUUAUUAACAAAAAACCCCACAAAGUUUCUGGAACAUGUUUAGCAUUUUUACCCAAAUUACAAAAUUUUAGUUUGAUGCUGUUGACAGCAUUGACUCUGAGGUACUUCCUUAGUUUCUCUGGUCUUAUUUUUGUAUGGUGUUCUCAGGAGUUCAUUAUAGUGGUAAACCACUGUUUAGAGCCAGAGUCUCCUGACUAUUUUUUUUUAAAUUGUACUUUUGGCAACAUUAAUUCCGUUGGGUCACAUUGGUAACCCUGUGUAGUUUGGUGUAUGUGCACACAUCAUUGGACUAAGUGGUAAAAGUCUGUGGUGUGAGAUUGGAUGAGAAACAUUUCUUUAAAAUGCAGCUUUGAGACGUCACAGUUACUGUACAUGUUAUUUUGUAUAGAAUUUGAAUGCAUAUUAUUUUUCUGAAAAGAAAUACCGUUGUUCUAAGUCUGUGCAGUAUUUGAGUCUGGACAUUGUGUGAUGACGGUAAGGUGCAGACCUUCUUCAUGUUUGUUGACCUUUACUACUGAUAAUGUCACCAUCCAGCCCAGUCAUUGUUAUUUACAUGGACAAAAUAUUUAAUUUGACAUAAAAACACGUUUUGUAAAUCUGUGGAUUUAAAAAAAAUAUCUGGAUUUUGUAUGACAAUUACCGUAUAAUAAUAAAAGUCACCUUGUUGCAGUUUACAA